UUUUGUUCUACUAUCAGCUGUUUGCCAAACAAUUCUAAAAACGUGCGCAGGAAAUUUGUUUUAUUUUGUUGUCAACUUAAACGUUUCAAUAAUGCCACAAGGUAAAUUUAAAAAGGCUAAAAUGCCUGCUGCUAUACAGAACAAGAAAAAACAGCAGAAACAAGCAGCGUUCACCCGUAGAUCAAAUGCACCCAUCCAAGCGAAGAAGGGUAAAUUUAAUGAGACACAAAAAAUCAAGGCGGUUAUUUCCAAAUCGGUAAACAAAUCCGUUGAAAGCGAGUUGCGAUCACGUGCUCAUGAAGGCUACAUUCAGCUAAGCAAAGCUCAAGAAGCGGUGGCAAAGCAUCAUUCAACGAAAGCUGCCGCUGCGGCAGCAGCAAGCACAAGCAAAACAAUAGAAUAAACUCAUUGUAACUGUAAAUAGUAAAA